UUUUGUAGGGCAGUACACAAAAUUAAAACCUGCUUGUAAAAUAGUGGAGUGGGUAAAAAACUCUGAUAGGUUCAUGUUUGAGAUGUUUUUCUUUUUCUCCAAGUGAAAAGCUGAUUUAAAACCCAAAGAAAAAUCCUGACUGAGAUUCAUGCAUGGAGUUUCCUUCGGUGAAGCGUUAUCCCGCCUUUGACCACCAGAUGGUGCCACCACGCCAGAUUUCCAGUCACUGUCCCGUCAAUCAUUUCAAGUCAGAGCGUCAGCGUAGCUGAGGACAGAUAACACAACCAGGAGCACUUUGGUCAGAGCGCAAGCAAAAGUAGUGCAAACCAUGGGGGCUUAACGGCGGCAGGUCAUAGCAGGGACUUUUCAACUCUUUUAGGCCUGUUUUCUGCGCAUCCCGUGCAGAUUUUGCCGUCACAGCAGUUUUUAAUUCAUCUCAUCUUGACAUCUUGAGAGAGGCGCGGCUCUUUGCUGGCUGGCUGAAACGUUAGCUUCUUGGUUGAAGUUGUUUCCAGUUCAAACGAGUUUACGAGUGGAGGAAGCGAGGCAGGAUGUACCAUGAAGAAACCACAAUGUUGCAGAGACCACGCUAUGGAACCAUUGAGGAUGACGAGAGGCUGUCAGCAGAGGAGAUGGAUGAGAGGAGGCGGCAGAACAUUGCCUACGAGUACCUGUGUCACCUAGAGGAGGCCAAACGGUGGAUGGAGGCCUGCUUAGAGGAGGUUUUGCCCCCCACCACCGAACUGGAGGAGGGACUUAGGAACGGUGUUUAUCUUGGAAAACUUGCUCAUUUUUUUGCUCCUGAACUGGUGUCUGCAAAAAAGAUCUAUGACAGAGAUCAGGCUCGGUACAAGAGCAAAGGGCUGCAUUUUAGACACACCGACAACACAGUGCAGUGGCUCAGGGCCAUGGAGUCAGUGGGCCUUCCUAAGAUAUUUUAUCCAGAAACCACAGAUGUGUAUGAUCGCAAAAACAUGCCCAAGGUGGUUUACUGCAUACAUGCACUAAGCCUGUACUUGUACAAGCUGGGGAUUGCACCACAGAUCCAGGACCUGCUGGGGAAAGUCGACUUUACAGAGGAGGAGAUCAGUAACAUGAGAAGUGAACUGGACAAGUAUGGUAUUCAGAUGCCAGCUUUCAGUAAGAUUGGAGGUAUCCUGGCCAAUGAGCUCUCUGGGGAUGAAGCUGCUCUACAUGCUGCAGUGAUUGCCAUCAAUGAGGCAGUUGAGAGAGGCCAGGCAUCUGUGACAAUGGGAGUGUUGAAAAAUCCUAAUGCAAUGCUGAGGAAUACCCAGGAAGUCCUGGCUCAAGACUACCAGGAUACACUGAAGCAGGCUAAGACUCGGAAGCGGGAUCAGUCCUCAGGAAGGCGAUUGUCAGUUGCUACAGAAGAAAGAGAUGUUUAUGAGGAGUUAUUAACUCAACAGGAAAUCCAGAGCUGCAUUGAUCGUGUCAACACCCAGGCAGCAGUACGGAAAGUGAAUCAGGCAGUGGUGGUCCAAGAUGAAGCCGCCUUGUUGGCUGCACUUAGACUUGAAGCCCUUUCCCUGCUGGGUGUCCAGGAGGCAAACAGUUGCUUGUACCUGGAACAUUUUACAGCCUACGCCCAGCAAAAAUCAAAGGAUGGAGGGAGGACGGUAGUGUUGGACAAAGAAGAAAUUCUCAGAAUUGUCAGCUCCUGUAAUGACUUUGCUGAGGCAGAAAAACGAAAACUUGAGGCAGUCGCACAGAUCAACACAGCCAUCCGUCUGGGCAAUGCUGUGGAGACGGUGGAGGAGCUGCUGAACCCCGAGGCACAGCUGCCAAUCGUCUACCAGAGUGCUGCCAACCUGUAUCAGGCUGAACUGUUCAGUUUGCAGUUACAAGGAGGACGGUCUGCACUGGGUCAUGAGGAGCUCAGCGUAGCUGUGGAGAUGCUGUCGGCUGUAGCAGUUCUGAAUGAGGUGCUGGACACUAAAGACCCGCAGGCUGUUAUUGAGCAGCUAACGGACUCUCCUCUGGGCUUCACAAAUAUAGAGCAAGACAACCUUAACAGGUACGCUGACAUGCUUAUUGAAGAGCGAGCUGAGACUCUUUCCAAGAGCCAAGAGUUUCUCACUUGGAACGAUGUUCAGAAAUGCAUCGACAUGGUCAACAUUCAAGUCCAAGAGGAGCACGAACGUAUCAUAGCUAUUGCAGAGAUCAACGAGGCCCUCAACUCAGGAGAUCCUCAGCAGACCCUUGCAGCCCUGCUCCUCCCUACAGCCAAGCUGACAGGGGUCAACCCAGCCACAGCACAGCACUACCAUGACGUGCUGCAUUACACCAAACGACGUCUCUGCCAGAGUUCUGGAGAUGAAUCUGCAGUGCUCUGGCUGGACCAAAUCCAAGAAGCUAUCCUAACGGCCAAUCAGGACGAAGAAGAGGCCCUCACAAUGGCUGGAGCUGUUGCUCAUAUUAACAAGACCGUGGAAGAAGGGGACUCCCAGAACACCUUGCAAGCUUUGCAGAUCCCCAGUGCAGGACUAAGAGCGGUUCAUCCUGACUGUGCUGACUCAUACCAGGCUGAUCUGGCACACAGACAAACGAUGAAUGCUAGUAAAGGCAGCAGUGAUGGUGUUUGGGUGAAACACAGCAUCAAGGACAGCUACGACUACUUCUACAAUCUGGAGACUGGGCAGGGCACCUGGGAGGAGCCUGAAGGGUUUGAACAGAAAGGAGCCCAACUCAGCAAAGAGGAGAUCCAGAAUGUAGUGAACUCUGUGACUGCAGAAUACAACAGGGAACAGCUAUGGUUGGCAAAUGAAUCCUUCGUCACCCAGCUGCAGGCAAGGAUCAGAGGUUACCUGUUUAGAAGAAAGCAUUCACAGAGAAUGGAGUAUCUACACCAACAGGAACCCCAUGUAAUUGCACUCCAGGCUAGCUGGAGGGGUUAUAGACAGAGGAAAAUCUACAUAGCGAGAAUUAAUUUGCUUCAGAAAAGUGUUGCCUCUGUGGUGAAGAUCCAGUCUAUAGUGAAAAUGUGGAAAGCAAAAAGAAAGUAUAAUCAAAGGCUGCAGUUCUUCCGAGAGCACGACAAAGAAAUUGUGAAAAUCCAGGCGUUCCUAAAGGCAAACAAAGCAAGAGAUGACUACAGAACCUUAACUGGAGCCAGUGAUCCUCCGCUGUCUGUGGUCCGAAAGUUUGUCCACUUGUUGGAGCAGAGCCCCCUGGAUCUGCAGGAGGAACAAGAGGUGACACAGCUUAGGGAAGAAGUGGUGACAAAGAUCCGCUCCAACCAACAGAUGGAGAAAGACUUGAAUCUAAUGGACAUCAAGAUCGGACUGCUGGUGAAGAACAGGAUCACGCUGCAGGAUGUUGUUUCACAUAGUAAGAAAAUGAAGAACAAGAAAAAUAAAACAAGCCAUGAUGACCAGACUGCUGGAGAUGGACUUGGCAUUAAGGGCCUCAAUAAGGGCAAAAGAAGGAAAUUGGAAGCCUACCAACAUCUCUUUUAUCUGCUACAGACCAUCCCAUCCUAUCUGGCAAAGCUGAUCUUCCAGAUGCCCCAAAACAAAUCUACAAAGUUCAUGGACACAGUGAUCUUCACGUUGUACAACUAUGCUUCCAACCAAAGAGAGGAGUACCUGCUGCUCAAACUCUUCAAGACUGCACUGGAAGAAGAGAUAAAUUCUAAGGUGGAUCAGAUCCAGGACAUAGUGACGGGCAAUCCUACAGUCAUCAAGAUGGUGGUGAGCUUUAACAGAGGUGCACGUGGUCACAACACCCUCAGGCAGCUGUUGGCUCCAGUAGUGAAAGAGAUAAUUGACAACAAGAGUUUAGGCAUCAACACCAAUCCUGUGGAUGUGUACAAAGCCUGGGUCAACCAGCUGGAGACGGCGACCGGAGAGGCCAGCAAGCUGCCCUAUGAGGUGACUCCUGAGCAGGCCAUGUCUCAUGAAGAAGUACGCAAUAGGCUGCAGGCCUCCAGUGUGGCUCUGCGGUCUGCAACAGAUAAGGUGUUGAACUCCAUUGUGUCCUCGCUGGAUAAUAUCCCUUAUGGCAUGAGAUACAUAGCAAAGGUUUUGAAGAACAGCCUCCAUGAAAAGUUUCCUGAAGCCUCAGAGGACGAGCUGCUAAAGAUUGUGGGAAACCUGCUGUACUACCGCUACAUGAACCCAGCCAUUGUGGCACCAGAUGGCUUUGACAUAAUCGACAUGUCAGCAGGGGGCCAGCUUCACCUCGACCAGCGACGCAACCUGGGGUCUGUUGCAAAGAUGCUGCAGCAUGCUGCUGCAAGCAAGCUGUUUGAGGGCGAGAAUGCACAUAUGACGCCAAUGAACAAAUACAUAUCUCAGACCUAUGAGAAGUUUAGGUCAUUUUUCCAGGCUGCAUGUGACGUUCCUGAACCUGAGGAGAGGUUUAAUGUUGAUGAAUAUUCAGACAUGGUGACUCUGAGCAAACCUGUCAUCUACAUCUCAAUAGAGGAGAUCAUCAAUACUCAUUCGCUGCUUCUGGAACAUCUGGAAGCCAUCUCUCCAGACCGAAAUGACUUGCUGCAUGAGCUGCUGCAGGAUUUGGGAGAUGUGCCUGACGUCGAGGCUUUUCUUGGUGAAGGAGCUGUAGACCCAGAUGAACCAAACAGAGAAGGUGCUCUGAGUCAGCUGGCAAAGACUGAGAUCUCUCUAACACUGACCAGCAAGUUUGAGCUGCUGGAGGGAGAUGACAAAGACUUGAAGACUCUCAUGACGAAGACAAAAAAGCUGAUCGUUGAUGUGAUUCGGAUUCAGCACGGAGAGACCUUACUAGAAAUACUUGAGACCCCGGCUACUGCAUCACAGGAGUCUGAGCAUACGAAGAUUGUCCAGCGCAGGGCUGACCAGGAUGCUCAGACACCAGCCGGGUUGAAGAGCAGCCAAGCUGUGUUGGAGGACAGCCAGCUGCCUCUCGAGCAGAAGAAGAGGAAGAUCUUAAGGAAUCUCCGUAACCUUGAGCAGGCUGGCCUUGCCACCGCCAGUAACAAUUACCAGGAACUAAUAAACGACAUAGCAAAGGACAUUCGGUACCAGAGACGCUACAGACAGAGGAGAAAGGCAGAACUUACGAAGCUUCAACAGACUCUGACAGCGCUCAACUCAAAAACUGCCUUCUUCCAGGAACAAAUGAACUAUUAUGACACCUACAUCAAGGCCUGCCUGGACAAUCUCAACCGGAAGAAUUCUCGCAGAUCCAUAAAAAUGGACAGCAAAGGAGAAGAAAAGGGCAGUAAGAAGUGGAAGCCACAGUCUCUGAAGUACACAGCAGCCAGACUGCAUGAGAAGGGAGUCAUCCUGGAGAUAGAAGGUCUUCAGACAAACCAGUUCAAAAAUGUCAUGUUUGACAUUUCUCCCACUGAGGAAGUUGGAGAUUUUGAGGUUAAGGCCAAAUUUAUGGGGGUUGAAAUGGAAAAGGUCCAGCUUCAUUUCCAGGACCUUCUUCAGCUGCAAUACGAGGGCGUGGCGGUCAUGAAGAUGUUUGACAAAGCCAAAGUUAACGUUAAUUUACUUAUCUUCCUUCUCAAUAAGAAGUUUUACGGAAAAUAAACUUGGAAGAGAAGGGGAAAUGUUAGGAGCAAACUGCUUGUGCCUUCUGACUUGUUGAAUCAAAUUAGUAAGAAAACAUCACGUUACUUCAUCUGCUUUUAAUUUAAUGGAUCACAUCCAAAUGAAAUGUUGUCAACUUAAUGUGUCUGUUCAGUUUUUUUCUAUGUGUUGAUUGUAAAUGUAAUGUACUUUUAAAAAUGAAAAUGUAAUGCUAUUCAUAUUUUAUAUGUAAAAGACAGAAGGAAACCUUCUGGAAACCUUGCAUGUUGAAAAACACGUACAAAAGUGAUGCUGCAAAGUGAAAAUAUCUAAUACUACAGUUUACCUGUGCCUUUCAAAUAUCUAAAAUGUUUUAAUUCAACAAUAAAGUUAAUAGAGAUCUCUUUUAAUGUUGCUCCUAUUACUAUAUAACUAUCUGAAUCUUUAACCAAUGUGCAAAAUAAAUUUCAUAUAUCAACAA